UGUGAUAUGGAGACUGAUGGUGGUGGAUGGACUGUACUUCAGAGGAGACAAGACGGAUCUGUUGAUUUCUAUAGGAAUUGGACUGACUAUGAGAAUGGAUUUGGUGACCUUACUGGUGAGUUUUGGUUAGGAUUGAGCAAGAUUCAUUGUCUUACUAAAGAAGGAUCAAACACACUAAGAGUGGACCUGGGAGACUUUGAGGGGAACACAGCUUAUGCUAACUACUCUACAUUCAGUGUUAGUGAUGGUAGUACUGAAUAUAUAAUACUAACAGUAGGAGGAUACUUUGGUACUGCUGGGGAUAGUCUGGCCUAUCAUAAUGGAAGGAGAUUCACUACAAGAGAUAAUGAUAAUGAUAGUAAUAGUGGUAACUGUGCUCAGACCUACACUGGUGCCUGGUGGUAUUAUAGCUGCUAUCAUUCAAAUCUCAAUGGUCGUUAUUUUAAUACUGCAACUAAUAAUCAUCAAUCAAUUAAUUGGUACCAUUGGAAAGGUGCAAGAAUUAGUCUCAAGUUCUCAGAGAUGAAAACUCGUCGUAACAAUUAAAUACUGUCCCCCCCACACACAUAAGUGUGUUUAUAAUGUGCUGAUAUAUCAUUAAGUCAUUUCAA